CGUAUGUGCAAAAGCUACCACUGGAGGUCCGGAGCCCACCACGGCGCACGCGCACGAACGGACUCCCCCUGAGCUCUGGACUCGACCGUGUGGGGAAAGGGGAUGAGUGCCGGGGAUCCCGCCGGCGAUGCGGGGCCCAGCUCCCGCGGCGGCGCCCGGGCCGGGGCGGCCGCGCGCCCGCGGCGGUUCCCGACGGCGGCGCAACCGGAGGUCAUGCGCGCGGCGGAGAAGGACGACAGCUACGCCGCCCACGUCACCGAGGCCUGCCGCGACGCCUUCCGCCACCUCUUCGGUACCAGGGUUGCCGUCGCUUACCAGAACGAGAUAAAAUUGCUUGGGCAGUCCCUCUAUUACUUGCUAACAACUGGUUCAGGCCAGCAAACACUCGGAGAAGAAUAUUGUGAUAUAUCUCAGGUUGCAACCUCACAUGGGCUUCCGCCGACACCUGCAAGGCGGAUGCUUUUCAUUUUGUACCAAACUACUGUGCCCUAUCUCGCUGAAAGAAUCAGUUCGAGAAUCGUCUCCCGUGGUAUUUACAUGGAUGACUCUCAGCUUGAUAAUCAUCAUGAAAGUGAUAAUCCUAGUAGAGGCAUAACAGAAUCCUCAACAAAUACGAAUGAGUCUUCGAGAAGCUUGAGUUUUUCUAUGCUCUCGAGGUUGAGAAGCAAAGCGCAUGCCUUUUGGCUAUGGGUAGUUCAGAAAUGGCCUUCGAUGCUGCCGCUUGGUCAAGAUUUUAUACAGUUGGCUAUACGGACAAACCUGAUGUUCUUCUACUUUGAAGGAUUAUAUUAUCAUUUUUCAAAGCGAGGAGCUGGUAUUCAUUAUGUGUUCAUUGGUAAGCCAAUGAAUCAGAGGCCCAGGUACCAAAUUUUGGGUAUCUUUUUGCUGAUCCAGUUGUGUAUUCUUGGUGCUGAAAGACUCCGAAGAAGUAACUUGUCAUCAAUAGCUAGUUCCAUUAAUCAAAUUUCGUCCGGAAGCUAUCCUUCAUCUACAGGUCGGAGUGUCCCUGUUGUGAAUGAAGAUGGAAAUAUCAUCAGUGACAUCCGUCAUGGCAAAGCUGUAGAUUUGGCUUCUGGUUCAGAGGCAUCCAGUAGCAAGAGCAAGUGCACUCUCUGUCUCAGUACCCGGCAGAAUCCUACUGCCACAACCUGCGGACAUGUCUUCUGCUGGAACUGCAUAAUGGAGUGGUGCAAUGAGAAGCCUGAAUGCCCCCUAUGCAGAACUCCUAUUACCCAUUCAAGUUUAAUUUGUAUAUAUCAUUCAGAUUUCUAGCAGACCAUUAGCAAGGGAUCAUAUCAUUCAUAUCCUCUAGCACGGAUCCAAUCAGAUUUUAUAAAGCCAAGGCCUGACAUCCAUUGUGGGGAUCAUCUUUUAUCGGGAGACAUGGCCUGAUGGUUUCUUAUCGAGAUUCGUAAUCAGUAGGCCAAAGAGCUCCCACAGGCUCCAUGCCUUCAUCAAGAAGAGGACAUAUUUAUACCAAAAGAAGAAGGAUGAAGAGAAGACCAGUCGGGCUGUAGAGAUCAUCGGUAGCAGCAAGGACCAAUCUGAAAUUAAACAAAAGAAAAGUUUUAGUGCGAACAGAUACCCUUUGUAUAAGUUCAUGUUGGACACGAGUGAAUUUUGUAGGGUAGAAGAAUGAAUGAAUGACUAGGAUCAUAGACCAGUUGAGCAAUGUCAUACUCCGUUUUUUGCUUAUCCCCUUGUCCUGUACCCCCUAUGUAUUCCUGCCACAUCUGCAUUGAACAUUUCGACCAGCAAAUUCCGUAAGGUUAGCUGCUUCAUUUUCUUAACUUUUUUUUAUGCAAUCUUCAUUUUUUGAA